AUGAAGUGGACAAAGAAGGCUGUAGGCACGGGCAAGGCGAAUUUUCCAGUGCAGUACGAUCUCAGCGGCAGAGUGGACGUCAUUGUUAAGGGCUCCAAGACCCAAGUCAUCGGCGAUUGCGCGUUUUUCUUGCUGCGCACUUCGUGGACUAAAUUUCUCUGCUGCCUGGUGGGCUCGUAUCUGCUUUUAAUCAUCGGCUUUGCGUGCGUUUACAUCGCUGAGGAGGGGGGCAUUGAGUGCUUAAUCAAGGAGGAGUCCUGUGACAUCUGGGAUGCACUCAACCUCUCCGUUCACAGCAUGUCCACCAUCGGCUUUGGCUCCAUUGUCCCUCAUUCGGCCCUUGCCAACUUCGCAGUUGCCAUCGAGUUCUGGGUUGCCGUUCUUAUGGGGGCCACAGCUGGGGGACUUCUCUUCUCCCGUGUCAGCACCGCGAGCAGCAGGGUGGCCUUCUCGGACGUCGCCUUGGUGACCACGAUUCGUGGCUCCCCAACAGUCACGCUGCGGAUUGUCAACGAACGCCCAUUCAGCUCCCUGUUCGACGUGACCUGCCGAGUCAGUGCCCUGGUUAAAGAUCCCAAAGCCGGCAUGCGCGUCCUGGUGCCUUGCGAGCUCGAGCGUAGCACGAACAUGAUGUUCCGAGCCGUCUGGAAUGUCAUGCACCGGCUGGAUGAGAAGAGCCCUCUUCAUGGCUUGGACGAGACCAACUUCGAAGAGAAGUUCUUGGCCUUUGUAGUGCAGAUCGAGGGAACAGAUCAGACCUACAUGCAGAAGGUUUUUGCCAACAAGUGCUACUACCCAACAGACUUCCGCUUCAACGAGUCCUUUGAGGACAUCAUGACCAUGGGCUCGAACACCAUCACCGUGGAUCUGACCGGAUUGAGCAAAACCCGGGAGGUAGAUGAGAAGAACAGGCUGAGCUUCCUCAGAGCGAACACCUUCUCGCCCGACGAGGCCAAGAAGAUGAAUGCCUUUGCCGGUCGGAGCGCAUCUGAGGAGUCCACACGCUUGUCGCCUGACAUGCCAGAUUCGGAGAAGCUUGAGGGGGAGGAGCGGCUGGAUCAAGAUCAGCAAGUCUACACGGCGGCCUGUUGA